AUGAAAGAUCUCCUAUGGAGACUCAUCAUUAUUGCAACAGCAGGGGUGUUCUGGAUCUUCUUUUUCAUUAAAGAAAUCCCCUUUGAUACUACAAGUUUCCUGUCUUUGGAGGAAAAGGAGAUGGUAGCUUGGCAGAGAGCCUGGAUGCAGAUCAACUCAGGUAGAACAAACCACCUGGAAACCUUCAAACAUAUGCAGAAAAAAUCAGGACCGCUCAAAAACGCGAACUCCCAUAUCGUGAUUGGAGCCCCUCCUGUGGAAAAAAAACUGCUGACCAUAGGGGUGUCCUCAGUGCCGCGUCCCCGAGGGAGCUACCUCUUGGACACUCUGCAGUCUCUCUUCUUUGCUUCCUCCUCAUCUGAGCAGAAACACUUCAUUGUUCUGGUACACCUGGCAGAUCCUGACCCCAAGUGGCUUGAUCAAAUGAGUGCCAACAUCUCAACUCUCUUUAAGCCAUAUAUCCACGCCAGACAGCUAGUAGUGAUCAAUACUCCUCUUAAAAGCUAUCUUUCCUUGAAGGACCUUAAGAAAAACCUCAAGGACACCCCAGCCUAUGUAGCUUUCCGCUCCAAGCAGAGCAUGGAUUAUGCCUUCCUCAUGAACUUUGCUACCAACCACUCUGACUAUUUCCUGAUGAUCGCAGAUGAUGUGAAAUGUGCCCCUGGAUUUGUCACCCAGAUAGCUACUACAGUGUCUGCCUGGGAAAACAAACACUGGGUGACUCUGGAAUUCUCUCAGCUGGGCUUCAUUGGAAAACUCUUCCAUACUAGAGACCUCCCUCGCUUUGUUCAUUUCCUUCUCCUCUUCCACCAAGAAAUGCCCUGUGACUGCCUCCUCUCGCAUUUUCAUGACCUCAUGCAACAAACGCCAAUCCAGUUCCUCCCUUCCCUCUUCCAGCACAUGGGUAAUUACUCCUCCUUUGAGGGCAAAUUCAAUAGUCUCAAAGAUAAAGAGUUUAAGGAAAAUGACGUUGGCUCUCCCAGCAACCCUGCUGCCUCCAUCUACACUAGCCUGAAGGUUGCUAAUGACUCUGUUCUCAUGAAUUCCUAUAGCUUGGAUAAGAAUUUCUUUUACGCCAAGUCAGCUGAGGCUGGCAGUCAUCUAACUGUGGUUUUGGAUAUAUCUGCCAAAGUGUUCCAAGUUCAAGUGCUGACUGGCUCUGACCUAAAAGACAAGAAUCAGCUGAAAGAGGGACAAGUAGAACUGGGCUAUGAUUCUACUAACAGGGUCAAUGACUGUGAUGACUAUAUUCUGCUGGGGCUACUGGUAAAUGGCAUCCUGAAUAAGCAGGUAUUAUCAAACAAGUCUGGGAAGAAGGUGAAAUGUGUGAGAUUGCUUGUGACAGCCACUUCACCCUCUGGAAUAAUAGUCAGGCAUAUCAACCUCUGGACUGAGUGA